CGUUAAUUUGAGCGUACGCAGAUCCGUCCCACAAAAUUAUUCCGGAAGACAGAAAUCGCGCGAAAGGUCUGUUUUGAACACAAGAGUAUUUCAGAGGAGUCUGGCAGAAUGAAGAAGAAUCUGGAAAAUGUUUACGAGGCUCAAAUCAGAGCACUACAAGAAGAGAUUGCAGCACUGCAAGGCCAACAGGACAAGAAUGAGCGAGAUAUUGCUAUGAACCUUGGAGGAGGACGCAUGCAAGAUGCUCUGUUGGUCAUGACAGGACAGAAGGAGAUGGGGAAGAGAGACAUCACAGCUCACCUGAAGACUGAGAUAAUGGAGAUGGAGGAAGAGGUCAUCAGACAGACCAAGAUGAACGGAAUCGUUCUUGUCAACUGCUGUGUGAAGACUAUGGAGAAAAGCAACAAGAAGAUGGUACAACAACACAGGUUGACGGGCCACUGCUCCUUCUUAGACUUCCAAGUGGAGUUUGAGCUCACUGAUGUUCAGGAGGAUACUACCCUGGUGAGGACGAUCACUGACCUCAACAUCGUCAUGGACAGCACUGAGUUUAAGGACUUCAGUAAAUUUGUGUCUGGAGUGGAGGACAAGAGGGAUCUGCUGCUGUUUUUCAGGACCGUCAGGAGGUUCUCCGACAGAUGUGAAGACAGACGCAGAACAUUCCAGCACUUCCAG